AUGCAACGCCUUCGCUCAUGUGUGACGGACGUCUCUGCCACAAGCUAUGAUGGCCGUGCCGAUGAACACGAUCAUCUAACCGAACAUAAUCUACAUGUUUUUGAGUAUGGGGAUGUUGCCCAAGGAUCCACCCAACCCACGUAUCCAGAUAUCAGUAAGCAUUGGGAUGGAGUCAAGAGCUAUAAUCGAGAACGCAUCUUUGAACUGAAGUCUGGCCUCAGAGAGCACGCAGGGAGUAAGCGGCUGUCAGACUCGUCGGACGACUAUUCAAACUUCUUCAGCGAUGCAGAUGCAGCAACAGAGUUGGAAAGCUCCGAGCGUCGAAACAGUCUCAAGUUGUACAAGGAAUUUGGGAGCACAGCAUUACCUCACGAGCGUUGGCAUGUAGUAACCAUGGGCUGGCCGGAUCAAGCAGCUGCCUUAUCACACGCUCAAACGACUUGUAAUGAAGAGUUAGAAGCAAACCAGAGGGUAGAAGCGAACCAGAGGGCGGAAGCUCUGGCCGCCAAAGUGGAUAUGCCGAUCUUGGAACAGACCCAUAAUAUCAUUGAAGUCGACGAAGAUGCCAAUAAUGAAGAGGCAUAUGAGGUUGAUAUUACACAAUUCGAACAAGCAUGUCGACAAGUUCGAACGACGAGACCAGGGAAGUUUAGGAUACACAGAGGAAGCGUAACCAGGAUUCGAAAAUAA